AUGGCCGGCGAGAAAUCGAAGAAAAGAGAUUUCAUCGAAAUCUCAUCUUCAGAAGAAUCAGAAUCAGAACCUCCGUCGCCGGAGAGUGAUGAAGAUUUCUCCGAGAGGAACAGUGAUGAUGAUGAUGAGGAGGAGGAGGACGGUGAUUCUUCUUGCGAGUGGAUUGAUUCCGAAGAUGAAAAAGAUGAUGAUGAAGAUUGUGUUCAUAAAGAUGAUUUAGAAUCAGUGAGCAAUAAAGUUGUUCAAAUUAUCAGAGGGAGGAGUGAUCUGCAAGAACUUACGUUGGUGGAAUGUAAAGCAUAUCUAAGACGGCAUGGGUUGCGACUAUCUGGAACUAAAGAAGAGUGCAUAGAAAGGAUCAAGGAGCACUGGAGAAACAUAAGGACAAUGAGUUGUCGUCCCCACAGGUUAAAAGAUGGAAAUGGUGAAACAUAUUAUCCCAGAUCGUCAUUUACGAUUGAUUGCACGGGUGAUGUGUGCAAGGGAGAUGUCGUCUUGUUCAAUCAGAAAGUACACCAAAAGAGUUCAAAGAAGAGGCCUGGAAGCCGGAAUCUUUGGCGGAGGACAGUUGCCGGGAGAAUUGUCAAGGAAAGUUAUGGUGCUGCCAAGCAACAACAUACUUUCACGGUCGAAGUGCUUUGGUCCAAAGGGGCUAAGAGAUUAGAUCCAAUGUCCCCUCUACUAGUGAAGGGCCGCAACCUGUACAAAAUGAAGACAUUUAGACAGCGUUGGAAGAACGAAAAAGAGCGAUUAAGAGUACUUGCUGAGAAGCAUAAACGAGGAGCCGCUGCAAGAACAAUUAGAGCCAUGAGAAAUGCAAAAGCAGUUGUGAAGACGAAAAACUCCUCAUCACAAAAGGGCCCCAAGCGCAGCAAGCAUUCCCAUCACAUAGGUCCUUCUGGAAAAAGAGACAAUACAACUCGCAAUAAAAAACAUCCAAAUACAUGUUUGGAGUCAACAGCCAAAAACAAGAAAUGGCAGCCACGUCCGAACUCCAAGCCUUUUCAAACAACUUCGAGGUCAAAGCAAAAUUCUCGUAAAAGGCAUCCAAACCCAGUUUUCCAACCCAAUGGAGUUCGAGAAUUCCAAGGUUUUGCGUACAAUUUUCCUGCCCAAUUUCCUUACCAUUUUCAGUCGAACGUUUUGCUGAGAGAACAAGCGCGUCACUACUUUCCUUCUCCUCGAGGUUUUCUGCCCCCAGCUGAAUUACCAUGCAUGGAAAAUCCAUUUCGACAAUGGAAAGGAUUAGAUCGAGGUGAUUAUCCACAUUCUAGGAGUUCAAAUGUGCUGAGAAAUGCGAACUACUUCCCCAGACUAAUAGACGAGCACAACCCAUCAUCUUACUUGUCAAGUACCCACACACACAGAUGGAGAUGAUAUGCUUUGAAGCUUCUGCAAGUGCAGCCCUACUCUUUUGUGUUUCGGUUCAUGGUUUUAAUGAAAAAUGUGCAAUAGGGGGGAAAUCAAAACAUGUGCGUCUUGAAUUAUAUGGAAUUUGAAUGUGCUUGAAAAGUAUAAGUUACUUAUUCAUCAAAGGCGUUCUUGAUAAUGAGUUAUUGCAGUACAUCAUGUCUAAAGAUGACUAUACGGGGAAAAAAUGUGCCAAAUAACAUUUUCACGAGUACAUUCUGGUUACUGGUGAAUACUAGAAAGCCCUUGGGAUGUUUAGUUGUUAAAACGAUUAACUGUCGGAUGUUCGGAUGCUAAUAGAUUAAAAGAUUAGUCUUGAAUGAAUCUUUUAAUCUCUGGACCCAGAAACAAAUUCACUAAUCAGCCCAAAACCACCCAAUCAACUCUCACUCAGUCAGACUCAGACUCAUCUCACUAUCGAACAAAAAUUGUGCCCGGCCCUCAAUCGUCCAAAGCCUGUGAUGUCCUCAUCAAGACAGAAACUAAUGCUUGCAUAGGGUAAUAUUACUUAUUAAGUACCUAAUGCACAGUAUUUCAUUUUUUUUUUUUUCCAAGUCAUGAACAAGGAUUUUUUUCUUCUUUUUUCUCUUUUCC